AUGGCUCCCCGCGAGGAGCUCAUUGCGUCUGCUGUGACCUUUCUCCAGGAUCCCUCAGUGGCAUCAUCGCCCAUUGAGAAAAGAGUCGCCUUUCUACAGUCCAAAAAUCUAACACAGGAAGAAGUCGACCUUGCUUUAGCGAGAGUCGGCGAGGAUCCUGCUGCAGCUGCAGCUGCCACAGGCGCAUCGUCACCAGCCCCCUCUUCACAACAGGUUGCUUAUCGGCCACCACCACAAGCCCCCCAGGGGUAUGGCUAUCCUCCAUACGGCCAAUGGCAAGCUCCUCCUGAGCCGCCCAAGCGCGACUGGCGAGACUGGUUUAUCAUGGCGACAGUGGUAGGAGGAGUUGGAUAUGGACUAUACUUCGUCACCAAGCGUUACAUUUCCCCACUGAUUGCGCCGCCAACCCCUCCUCAACUAGAGCAGGAUAAAGAGAAAAUCGAUGAGCAAUUCUCCCGUGCAUUUGAUCUGAUUGAGCAACUUUCGACCGACACUUCAGCCCUGAAGGCUGCUGAAGAUGCCCGUACCGAGCGUCUCGACGCUGCUCUCAAGGAUGUGGAAUCCCUUGUUGUAGAUUUGAAGGCUUCUUCACGUCGAAGAGACGACGAGGCUCGCCGAAUCAGUGAUGAAGUCAAGUCGUUGAAGGAUGCCAUUCCUAAGGCCCUCGAAGGUGCCCGAGAAGGGAAUGAAAACCGAUUGAAGGAGCUUGGAACCGAGUUGAAGAGCCUGAAGGUCCUACUGGGUAAUCGCCUGGGUGGUACUGGCGCCACUUCUCCAGCUGGCAGAACUUUAGGCAGCUCGACACCCCCUCCUCCCCCAUCUACUGCACCUCAGUCGACUCCUACGGAUACCAACACUGUCACCCCACCUGCCCCAGCCACCACUGGCCUGCAAGCAACCGUGACUUCGCCAGAACAGGAGACUCAGCCCUCAACGAGCACACCUGCGACUCCGGCUCCAGCCACCAGCCAGAGUAGCCCGCUUUCGCAACUGAAUCGCUCGGCUUCCAUCCCAGCCUGGCAAAUGGCCGCUGCCAACCGAUCCAAGAGCUCGCAGUCAAGCCCUGCCCCAGCUGCUAGUGACAAGCCGACGGAUACCACUAAUGAGCAAAGCGCCCCACCCAGCUAA